AUGGAAGAUGUGUCUAAUUUGAUACAACUUGCAUCACGGAUUACAGUUUUCAUCUACAACCACAAGUGGCUUCUAAAUUGGUUGAGAAAAAGACCUGGUUGGACAGAAAUUAUCCGUCCUGGGGCCACCCGAUUUGGCACAUCAUUCAUUGCAUUGAAGAGUUUACAUGAUCAUAAGCAUGAUUUGCAAGCUUUAGUAACCUCGCUUGAUUUCAAAAAGAUGUUGAAAGUGACUAAAGCUAAUGAUGUGAAAGACACUAUCUUAGAUCCGAAGUUUUGGAAUAAUUGUUUUAUAACGGUUCAGGUGAUGACUCCUAUCUUGAGACUUUUGCGUAUCUGUGAUUCCGAUGAAAAGCCUUCAUUAGGCUACGUUUAUGAAGGUAUGCUUAGGAUAAGGAAAGGAAUCAAAGAGUUGUUUAAAAGGAAAAGACGUAACUAUAAGAGGUAUGUUGAUAUUAUUGAUGCUCGUUGGGAUAAGAUGUUACGCAAAAGUCUUCAUGCAGCAGCUUAUUGGCUAAAUCCGAUAUUUCAAUAUGAAAAAGAUAAUCGUGAAGAAAAGGAUAAGGCAUGGGUAGGGGUGGUUGAUAUGAUUGAGAAGUUAACGAGUUUAGAUAAUAGUAUGCAAAUAACUAUUUCACACUUGGCAAAAUUUCGGGAUAAAGUAGGUACUUUUGGUCGAUCUAUUGCUUUGAAUUCCGUGGAGCUUGAGCGUCCCGGCCGAGAAUUCAACGAAGAAGAUAAUGUGGUUCAAGUUGAUGUUGUUGUUAAUGUUGAUCAUGGUGAUGGCGAUCUCGAUGAUGAUGAAUCGGAUUCGCAAGAUGAUUGGUAG